CAUCUCCUCCUCCACCAGUCAGCUCCUUCCCUCACUUCUUCCCCUCGCUCCGUCUCACUGAGGGAAAAUGGAGCAUCUGAGCAAGACCAUGUCCUCUUUAGGGUUUUUUCUGCUGCUGGUUUUUGGAUGGACGCAUAGCCAGAUGACUAACAAUACCAGGCCGGUGUUCAAAUGCGGAGGGAAUCUGGAUGGAGACUCGGGCUUCGUGGCCAGUGAGGACUUUCCUUCAUACUACAAACCAAACAGCAAGUGCACUUGGUACAUCACUGUCCCAGAAGGCAAUGUGGUCAUGCUCUCCUUCAGGAUUUUUGACCUCGAGGCUGACACUCUGUGCCGAUACGAUUUUGUGGACGUAUAUAACGGUCACUCGAACGUGGCGCAGAAAUUGGGUCGCUUUUGCGGGACGUUUCGGCCCGGCACGCUCAUCUCCACAUCCAGCACUAUGAUGUUACAAAUGGAGUCAGACUCAGCAACCGGAGGGCGUGGCUUCCUCGCCCACUUUAGUGCAGCAAAACCACACCUGAAUGAGCAACAGUUCUGUGGUGGAAAGAUGACAAAACCACAUGGCACCAUCCAUACGCCCAACUGGCCCGAGAAAAAUUACCCACCGGGCAUCAGUUGCUCGUGGUUGAUCACCGUGGAUCCAGACAAGGUGAUUGAGGUGAAGUUCGAUAAGUUCGAUGUGGAGCGUGACACGUACUGCCGCUUCGAUUACGUGGCAUUUUAUAACGGAGUAGAGAGGGAUGACUCGAGACGCAUCGGAAAAUACUGCGGUGACAAGGCACCUGAGCCCAUCGUGACCAACAGUAAUGUUCUCCUGGUCCAGUUCGUCUCAGACCAGAGCGUCACCUCUGAUGGCUUCAUUGCCUUGUAUUCCAGUGUCCCCAGAGGGUAUUCUGUUCAGCCAGGAUCACGUGUGCACUCAUUACCCACAGUCCCACGGCUCGUCCCAGCCCCGGCCGCGACCCGCAAACCCAUCACCACGACAACUACAGAGGCACCGAUUACCACAACCACCACCGCAACUUCACGCAGACGCCCACCAGCCAAUCCCAACCAGCCAGCUAGACCUCCAAGUCGCAGACCAGAAUCAGGUCGGCCCGAUCCAGUACGUCCAGACCCGAACCCUCUGUGCCCUAAAACGUGCAAGAGAGACGGCAGCAUAAAGACGAGUUUCUGCAGCAGUGAAUUUGUGAUCACGGGGACCGUGAACGCGCUCUCUCAGGCUCCACAGGGCCGCCUAUUGGCCACCGUCUCCAUCAUUAAGGCUUAUAAAGCUGGAGGACUGACUAUCAUUCAGUCUGGAGAGACCAUGACUGUUAAACUAGUGCUCAUGUGCAAGACGUGUCCAGUCCUACGCAGAGGACAAAGCUUCAUUCUGAUGGGUCAGGUCGAUGAAGAUGGGCGUGGCAUUCUCCCUCCAGGCAGUUUCACGGCCAUGUACAAAGCGCCACACCACAAAAUCCUCACCAGUCUCAACAACCAGCCGUGCUGAUCUCCGCGGCUAAUAACAACACAGAAAAUACAGAACAGCCAAAAAAACCAAACUGACACAUGACAGUAAAACAUGAAUGAAUCCAUAGAAAUUAUUCCCUAAAGCAACACUCAGGCAAAAACACAGAAUUGUAUUUCUCGUUUUGACAAAGUUUACAAUUUUAUGUUGUUGUGUUUUCGCCUUUUAACUCUCCUGCAUACAAUUAUAAAAAAAGAAGAACUUGUAUUAAAAAAGAACAUUUGGUUUGGUAUUUUCUAAUGUACCUUUAGCUAAUUAGAGCACUAGCUAGUUAGCAUAAGCAAGCCAACAGUGAGCGGACAUUUCAUACACACUUCUGAGUCAAAACAGUACUGUAACACAGGAAGGGUUUUCAGUUAUACUUCAAAUUUGGAGCAGCUACACAUGCUAAAGCCAAAUGAUUUCAUGGCAACAUAUAAAGGAACAUUUCACCUUAUUCACUUUAUAUACUUGAAGAUGUCAUACAAUAUAUUCGUAAUUUAUGAUGUCAUCCAUUAAAGGUUUUAUAUCACA